UAUAUAGAUGAUAAGAAAUUAAGAAUCACUCCAACGGUUACAACCGAUUCUUGAAUCCCCCUAUUCAUCUCAGCUUUAAUUUCCCUUUGUAACCAUAAUCCCAUUUUCUUAACCACCAAGCAACGGCGGUUAUGGACGGCGCCGGAGAAAAUCAGCAGCUCCACCACCAGUCGCCGCCGGGAACCCCGAAAGGGUGCGUGGCGGUGAUGGUGGGGUUGGAAGAGGAGCGGCGGAGGUUUGUGGUCCCAGUGGCGUACUUGAAGCACCCGUCGUUUCAGCCGCUUCUCAAAGACUCCGCGGAGGAGUUUGGCUUCGUUCACGACGGUCCGGUCAACAUCCCCUGCUGCGUCGAGAAGUUCCGCCGCGUCCAGCGCAGCAUCGAGGGAGAAACCGCCGGCGGCGGCGGCGGCGGAGGAUUUCACCACCACCGUGCCGCCGGCAACCAUUUUUGUUGGAGUGGUUGCUUCAAAAUCAAGCCUUGAAGU